AUCCAAAGAUCACUCCUGUUUCCAAGUCCGUUGGUAGAGGAUCACUAUCGAAUUCCGAAGAUAUCAUUCCAUGUUUUCAAAGCAAUUGAAUCUGUUUAUGUGUCGAUGAAUUGGUUCGACUAUCAGCCAGCUAAUAGGUUUCUCCCGACCGUUAGGUUGGAUAAAAAUUUAUGCACUAGGAAGGGAAGCAGACUUGGAAACGCGGGUAACCAUCUGGAACUACAGGUUCUGACACUCAUUCACAACGUGCCAUAGUAAGUUCAAUUUCAACAUGUAUAUUUUAUUUUGAA